AUGGGGGAUGCAGAAUUCGACUUCACUCCAUUCUUAGAAGUUGUGAGGAUGCAUUUAAAUUCUAAUAUCUUAAACAACAUGAUCAUCACAACUGUGAAACCAACGAGGACCAAUUGCUUGGCUGAAGAAAACUACAUAACAUGGACAGAUGGAAGAGUUGUCCAAAACAUGGUUCUUAGAUUACGAAAUGUUGAAAGUGGUGAAAUUGAAAAUAAAUUUAGUUGGAUUGACGUUACUGGUGGUGGUGACUUCGAUUGUUACAGAGCAAUACUUCUUACUCCUCCUUUGACAAUGGUUUUGUAUGGAACUUAA